AUGACCAAUCUCGGAGAAGAAUUCUGGAUACUGAAAUAUCGUAAAACUGUUCGCAAAGUUGUUAAGAACUAUGUGUCUUGUAAAAGCUAUGAUGCACGAGCAAUAGAAACUCCAACAGCUCCAUUGCCAGUCGCCGACUUAGAGCGGCCUCUACCAGCUGUCGUCUAUUCGGACAAUGGAACAAACUUAGUCGGAGCAAACAACCUCAUCAAAAAGAUUAACUGGAAGAUCAAAACCAAAUACAAUACUGUGAACAAAAUUGACUGGAAGUUCAUUCCCCCGUCUGCACCUUGGUGGGGUGGCUUUUGGGAACGUUUAAUCGGUAUUGUUAAACGAAUCCUUCUUAAAGUUCUUGGACAAACAUCUCCAAAUUUUGAGGAAUUAAGCACUGUCUUAUGUGACUGUGAAAGUGUCAUCAAUGGACGGCCUCUAACUUAUGUAAGUGAUGACUCAAAUGACCUAGAACCUCUUACACCCAAUAUGUUCUUGCAAGAAGUCAGAGAGGUUAGAAUACCUGCUCUUGAUCUCCUGGAUAGUAAUUCUCUAAAUAAAAGAUUUGCUUAUCGCCAAAGAUUACGACAAGACCUUAGAAAGCGCUUUCGCUCUGAAUAUUUGGAACAGCUCAGACAGUUUGAAAGAAAAGAAACUCGCCAUCCAUCAAGAUCUUAG